UGUGUGUACCUCGCUAGACAGCUCUCCGCCCCCGCCUGCUUCCUUCCCUCUCAUUGAACUAAAGCGACAGGCGGGAAAACCCCCAACUCGCUUCAGCGCUGAGGCAGGGCAGCGAGACAACAAAGGUACCAGGUGGCGUCCCGCCCCCAUUGUGGCGUGGGCGUUGUUGCCAGGCGGGCCCCGCCCCCUUUCCACCCCUGCUCGGCCUUGCCCCGCCCCACCAGGCCCACGCUGGAGUUUUCUUGGGGCAGCGGUGGCAGCUGCUGGGCGCCUCGUAGCCGCUUCGCGCGCGCGCCUCCCUCUUUCUCUUUCUCCCUUCCCUCGCGCCGUGCGCUGUCGGGGGGGGAAGGGCGAACCCAGCCGGGUCCGAGAGUCAGCGAAGUGAGCGAGAGAACCAGACACGCACGCACCGGGCACCUUCGGCUCAACCGCCCGGGAGCGGAGGCGGCGGCGGUGGCGGUGGCUCCAGGAUGGAAGGGGACCGGCUGGAACCCACCGUUACCAUUAAGAAUAUAGAACGAGAGCUCAUUUGCCCAGCAUGCAAGGAGUUAUUUACCCAUCCACUUAUUCUUCCUUGUCAACACAGUAUCUGCCACAAAUGUGUAAAAGAAAUUCUCUAUUUCACACUUGAAGAUUCGUUCAGUGAUGCUGCCUCGGAGACUUCCAAUCAAAGUAGCCCUCGCAACCGGAUGCAUUCCCCUAGCUUGGAUAGAAUUGACAGGGUUAAUAGAUCAGGUUGGAAACGCAAUUCAUUGACUCCUAAGACAACUACCUUCCCUUGCCCUGGAUGCCGGCAUGACAUAGACCUGGGAGAGCGUGGCAUCAAUGGCCUAUUUCGGAACUUCACUUUGGAAACUAUUGUAGAACGAUAUAGGCAGGCAGCAAGGGCAGCUACAGCCAUUAUGUGUGAUCUUUGUAAACCACCACCACAAGAAUCUACAAAGAGCUGCAUGGAUUGUAGCGCAAGUUAUUGCAACGAAUGCUUCAAAAUACAUCAUCCCUGGGGAACUGUAAAAGCUCAGCAUGAAUAUGUGGGACCAACCACCAACUUCAGGCCUAAAAUUUUGAUGUGUCCGGAACAUGAAAUGGAGAGAGUAAAUAUGUAUUGUGAAAUAUGCAGAAGGCCUGUUUGUCAUCUUUGCAAAUUGGGUGGCACGCAUGCAAACCACAGAGUAACUACCAUGAGCAGUGCCUACAAAACACUGAAGGAGAAGCUUUCAAAGGACAUAGACUACCUCAUUAGUAAGGAGAGCCAGGUGAAAAGCCAGAUUACAGAACUUGGUCUUUUAAUGAAAGAGACAGAGUGUAAUGGUGAAAGAGCUAAGGAAGAAGCAUCUAACAGCUUUGAUAAGUUGUUUGAUGUUUUGGAAGAGAGGCGAGCAACUGCACUCAGGGCUAUUGAAGCUUCCAAAAACCUAAGACUGGAUAAAUUGCAUUCUCAAAUAGAAGAGUAUCAGGGACUUCUAGAAAAUAAUGGCCUUGUAGGAUAUGCCCAAGAAGUUCUCAAAGAAACAGACCAGUCUUGUUUUGUUCAAACUGCAAAACAGCUUCAUGACAGAAUUCAAAAAGCAACCGAAUCUUUGAAGAGUUUCAGACCUGCAGCUCAAGCUUCUUUCGAAGACUUUGUUAUUAACGUAGCAAAACAACAGGAGGCUCUUGGAGACUUGUCUUUCUUUUUGAGUGGUGUUGAUAUACCAGAAAUCAAUGAGGAACACAGCAAAAUGUAUAACAAAGCUCUGAUCUGUUGGGAUCAUCCACAGAAAGCAGGUUCAGCUGAUACUUACAUCCUUGAAUACCGUAAAUUUAACAGAGAAGAACCUAAUCCAGCAUGGCAAGAGACUGAAGUCUUCAGCAAGAGUGAAGUAAUCUCUGACCUUGACACUAACAGCAGCUACGCCUUCAGAGUCAGAGGAUAUAAAGGAUCUAUCUGUAGCCCUUGGAGCAGGGAAGUUAUCUUGCAGACACCACCAGCUCCAGUUUUUAGUUUUCUUUUUGAUGACAAGUGUGGCUAUAAUAGUGAACACCUCAUGCUGAAUGCGAGAAGAAAUGCUGUGGAAAGCAGGGCAGGAUUUCCUCUGCUUUUGGGAGCUGAACGUAUCCAAGCAGGCUGCUACACUACGUUAGAGUACAUUGUUGGAGACACUGGUAUUGUGAAAGGGAAGCAUUUCUGGGCUUUCCGUGUAGAGCCCUAUUCAUAUCUUGUGAAAGUAGGAGUUGCAUCUGAUGCUAAGAUCCAAGAAUGGUUCCAUAAUCCUCGUGAUGUAACAAGUCCAAGAUUACAGUUGUGUGACACUAUCGGGGUGAGAAAAAUAUUUCAUCACGAAGAAAAGGGCCAGAAAGAGGAGGAGGGGGGAAGAAUGGAGAAAAGAUAUGAACAAGAUAGUGGCCAUGACAGUGGGAGUGAAGACAUAUUCGUUGAGUCCUUGCAGCCUUUCACACUGGUAACCUUAGGCAUGAAGAAACUAUUUAUUCCUAAGGUGUCCCUUGCUCCAGCUGCUCCCAAAGAUUCUCUUAAUAGAAUUCUUCCCAUGCCAUCAUGCAUUGGAAUUUGCCUUGACUGUGACAAAGGCAAAGUUGGAUUCUAUGAUGCAGACAGGAUGAAAUGUCUUUAUGAGCGUCAGGUGGACUGCUCUGGUAAAAUGUAUCCAGCGUUUGCAUUGAUGGGGAGUGCAGGAAUUCAUCUGGAAGAAGCAAUUGCAGCAAAAUAUUUGCAAUACCAAGAUGAAGACAUGUAAUGCCCAAGGAUCCAUCUUUAGCAUUAUGUCUUAAUUACAUCAUAUCUCCUAAGUGCUUUUGCUGCACCACUGCUUUUGAGUCUUUCUGUUUUCCUUUGUUUUUCAAUUUCAGAGAAAAAUUUCCAUCUCUACCACAUGUUUGUUGUCCAAAAAGAUCUUGGAGUUGCCCCUUGACCUGCCUUUUGGCAUGCAGUGACCCUCAGAACCUUCAGAAAACAAAUGGAUUAGCAGCCUCAUUGCCUUGCAUAAGCUGGAAGCCUGCUUGUCUGAUUUUAAAUUCUUUCUUAGCUGAUGCUUGCUAGCAUUCACAUUCCAUUUUAAAAUGGAAAUAGGCCCCAUGUAAUAAGUGCAUUUCUUACUAUACAUUAUGUAUGCUCUUCACUUGAAAAGGAGCUUAUUUGACUACAUUGUGUGUGGUCAGGUGUCCUGCUCACUGUCUUUGCAUGGGAGCAAAGUACACUGUGAAUUCACACUGCAAUAGAACACAUAAUAUUUGGGAGAUGGAUGUGAAUCACAGAGAUUGUAUCUAAGUUGGAUUUAUUGUGCCUCAUACAAUUGACUUUUUAAAACUCGUGACUGUAUCAGUGAUUAAUAGCAAGGUUCUUAUGUGCAUUUUCAGUAUUGUAUGUUAUCUCCUAUGUACUGUACUUAAGUAUAUUUAAAUAUAAGUGCAAUUUCUCCUGCAGCAUCAGAUCUUGCUGUGGAAAGGUCUGUGUAUAUAAGUCUUCUCAGAGAGAUAAAAAUGCAGGCCCAAAUGGUAACAUUAUAGGUUUAUUUUUGUUUUUAAAAGAAAAAAUGAAGAUUUUUGUUGGUGUAGUUUGUACCUUAACUUCAUAAAAAGGGUUUUUUAGUGUGUUUAGAAUACAGUGUACUGACAAUUAAGUUUGAGACACUUUUGCCUUAAGGUGUCCUCUUCAGUUCAGAUGUUAGCUAAAAAAAAUCCACACAAAACUGACUAAACUCCAUAUAGUCUGCUUAGCUUGUGGAAAAUGUUGCUCUUAAACAGAGGUUGGUGAAGCACUGCACUUCUGAUUGUCGUUUUCUUUUGGUGGAAAUAAAUUUGUGUAGUGUGUUUUACUAAAUACUGUUUUAAAAAAAUUGAGCAUGCAGUAGUUGUCCAAGAUUUGGCAUCUGCUCAUCAUUCUGAAUCCUAAACUGUCGCCCAAACCAUUAACUCUAGCUUGUGUUUAUUUAUGAGAUGCUGACUUAGCCAUAAUUUAUUUGUUGCACAGUGAAGUGACAUUCUGCUUUUUUUAAAAAAAAUUCUAAAUCAUAAUUUAAUCAACAAGUGGAUUUGGACAUUUCUGCUGCCUUUGUGUACCACACUGCUUGAAUUAAAAUGUGAUUAGUACUGGGAAUAGUGGAAUGUUUGGGACCUACUCAGUAUAGAUGUGGUGCUUAUACUUCAGUCUAAGGGACCAGAGAAAAGUCUUAUCCAUCUGCCUAUGCAGAGGUUCUUGCUUUUUACUAAAAACGAAAACUUCUAAACUAUCCAGGAAAGUUGUGUCAUUGUUUGUUUUUAAAGGGGGGGGGGGAGGAACUCACCCAGUUUCUACCUAAAAGAAAGGGCACUUUACAUACAGACUAAGCAAAAACAUGUGUGGAUCAUUCACAUAUAGCUGCUACGACUAACAAACCUGUUAGUGACUACUGUGUGAUCUGCAAAGCUCUAUACAAAUGUACAUCAUGUAGACAAUUUUCAGAAAAUAAUAUUUGAAGCUUUAAUGCAAACCAUAAGGCCUUGUUUGAAAAUAUUGUGAAGUGGAAAUGUAACUUUCUUAAGAUUUUUUAAAAAUAAAAU